AUGGAAUACAGUAUCAAAGAGUUCAAAGACACGGCUGUUAAUAAGAUAACUCAGCUCAAGAUUGAGAACAAUCCUUUUGCCAAGGGCUUCCGAGGAAACUGUAACAACACGAGUCAUCACUUUGGAAUGAAGAGGAGAAAUCAAGAAAACACAGACGACACGGGAUCUCUUUCGCCCUCGUCUACAACAGGCAGCGUUGAACCCUGUAAACGUUUUCGAUCCUCCCCACAGAUCUCGGAAUCCAAUACCACCACCCCUCCCCCCUCACUAUUCUCAGGAAGCCCUCUUGGUAGACUGAUGAUGUCACACAGACCCGACUCACACCAGUCACCUUGUGUCUCAGCUCCAUUACAAUCAACCUGCCGACAAAGACCAUACUAUGGCGACGACUCAUCAGAUAUUUUUUCACAGCCACCAAUCAACCUGACGUCAGCGUCUCCGUUUAACCUCUCGUCACAGUCUUAUACGCAUGCGCAUGGAAUGAACACCCCUAUGACGUCACAGAAUCCUUUUCCUCACCCACACAUUCCACGACCGAUUGUACAUCCGGGAUAUUUUGGACAUUCUCAUCAUAACGAGCAUACCAUUCAUCACAAACCAGCUCACCUAUCUACGCAUGCGCACCAAAGUAUGCCUGGAUAUCCAGAGAGCUUCCGAACGGACUUCAACCUGGGACGAAACAGCAGCGAUUACAGUAAACCGCUGACCAUAUCUACUUCGUUUAAUAAUGGAUUUCCUGGGAAUUCUUCGAGUUAUCCAUUCCAUUGA